AUGGAAUUUCCCACAGUGACUGCAUCAAGUUCUUAUGUUAAAACGCAUUGCACUUCUUCGAAACAGGAUUUCUAUUCAGCUUGCCAAACAAACAAACUUACCGAGACAUCUUUUUCCAUCUCAUGUACAGUUGCCGAUAUAAACGCUAUCAAUAUCGUUGCGGCAAAAACAUUUGAGAAGAACGACGAUGAGGAAGAAGAGGAAUUUGUAAAAUAUGGAGCUGUAGACGAGUUCUACGACUUGAAAGAAGAAAUAGGAAAGUAAGUUACGACUCAGUUGACUUUUAUGUAGCAUGUAUCAGCUGUGAUCCUUGAUAUUGUGAUAUAUAUUAUUGCUAACCCUAAUAACUUUCUUUAGGAUAAAAGCGGGAAUCAAAAGUUAACUUUUGAAUCGUUCUUUCUGACAACUCUCUAAUGUAGACAUUACUAAAAACUGUACUACCACCAUAUCAAAAACAGACACUUUCUCAGGUUUCUAAAGCGGGCACUUUGGUGCUGUCUCCGCCGGAUUUCGUGUGACUGUAAUUAAAGAGACACAACUGAAAAAUGUAAUUAUAAAAAUAGAACAUAGAUAAAGAGAAUAUCUGGGGUAGCCCCAUACUACGGAGUUCCGAGAGUAUAAAAGGCUCUGAGUAGCUUACAACCGUUCUUUUUUUGCGAAUUAAACUUUAAUUAAAGGUUGGAGAAAUCUAUAUUUACGUACAGUGUGAUUUGCGUUUAUUACCCGGGGGAAUCUUACAUGAAAUAUACGGGGAUGUUUGUCUCCCUUAGGGUGGUCAGGAAAAAAGGGGACUUUAUUUCUCAAGUAAACAUAGCUUAAGGUAACGCAAUGUAACUUUACGAAAACGGAAUGUCUUCAUACGUUGUUGAAUACAGCUUUCAAUUUCAACAUGUUUCGCGAAAUUUAAUCCCUACAGCCCUUAAUUAGUUCCGGGAAGUGGUCGCCUGUUGGUACAAUCUCUUUUACUUUGGGGGACGUAUAUUAAAAGCCUGAGACCUACCCCUACAUUGGUAACGUUUCUCAGCUUCCUUUCAAUUUGACGGCGCUUGGUUCUAUUCAUAGAGAUAUAUUUUUAGCCAACUUUAAGUGAUACCUGUAUGGGAAUGUGUAAUGAUUUGAAUUUGUGUAAUGAUUCUGCGGAACAACCAAAAGCUGUAGUUUCUAUCCUUAAGGGACAGGACGACUAUCCGGGCCACUUUCAUAUGGGAAUCCCCCGGGUGUUACUACAGAACUGAGACCGAAUACCAUAAAAACGAUGACCCAAGCGACAGUUAGAUUGUAUCUUUGUUCUAGGAACAUUGUAACAAAUUUUAUCUUAAAAAUGCUAAUUACAGCUUAAACUAGUUCACGUCACUUGAAUUUUGGACAUAAUUGAAAUUUGUUUUCAUAUUUGUAAAUCAUCCAAAUGUCUGUCAACAAAACACCUGAAAUUGUGCGAUAAGGCAUGGGUCGCACUUGGCAAAUUUCUGGAAGAAUUUGUUUACCUUGCGGUAAAAAUCUGUCAUCGGGACACAUUGCCAAGUGCGACCCCAAGUUUUCAAGUUGGAAAAAACUUUGAGAAUCGCGAAAAACAUCAAAGACGCCGUAGUGCUUGGGUGGGGCAGGCAGAUUUUGGAAAACUUGAGCUAAACAAUAGGAAUCACGGCGGGAAGUGUCAGCACUUGUCAGCGAAACGUGACCAAUUUGAAACACGAUCAAUCGUUGAAAUUUUCUGACCUUCGCGUUUUCGUUGUGGACGGACGAGGCUACCACUACUUUUCGCCAUUUUAACGUUUUUGCGAAAACUUUCUACGGGCGAGCAAUUCAUAAGCUUGUAAUCCUUCGCUAUUUCAACGUUUUUACGGGAACUCUCUACAGGCGGGCCAAUUAUAGUCUACCCAGGCACCGUCACAGGUUUGUUAUUCUCCGAGCUAAAUGCAGUCUUUGCAGCCAAGCACUUUAUUUUCUUUAUUUCUCCCAUCCUCCUGAAACUGGGAAAGAAGGAAAACGAUCCUACGCCAAAUGAUCGGACUACGAAGAGAUAAUGUUCUAUGGUAUCUGGCCUACUUUAGUUCUCAAUGUGUCAAAACAACGACAAUUAACUCCCACUAGUAAAUACUAGUGCGACCCUCCUCGAUUUGACUAAAAGUUUUCUUUUCCGGUUGCGGUUUCGAAUUUUCGUGGUUUUUUAGCCGGCAAAGAUGAAAACUUUUCCCAAGUGCGACCUAUGCCUUUAAGCUUUCAUAUCCUGAAUUUAGACUUGAUUUAUUCAAAAUAACGGCCAUAUUGAUCAGUUGAUCUUUAAUUGUGCUUUUGUGCCCAGAAACUGUAUCAAAUGUUUACGUGGCGUAGUCAUUUGACACGACAAGUUUACGUACGGUCCAUCCCACGCCCCCAGUGAUCCAGUUCAGUGGAAAGACAGUUUCGGGUAUUAAUGAAAGUUUAUCAUCUUACAUGAUCUUAUAAGCCUCGAAAGAGCAGCGUACGACUCUUACUCUCUUUCACUCGGCAUUUGGUUCUCAGCAGUAUGUAAAGUUAUUUCAACAAAAGAACGUUUUUACAAACGGGAAAAAAGUAGUUCAACUCCCACCAACAUGGCGGCAGGUUUCAUUUUCUUGGGGCCUUAUUAUGGCGAAUGUGACCCGUUAAACCGCCGUAGUUAAAGAGACCUAAGUUAUAAAGAGCUAAGUGAAUUAUGUUAUAAAUUUCGGUUUCUGUGCUUCGCCGGCCACUUCUCUUUAAAUUAAGUAACAACGGCAAAAAUUUUAAAAAAAUAUUAUAAGAGCCACUAUCGAAAGAGUCGAAAUCGUUACAAUGUUAUAUAAAGGUUGAUAAAUCCCAAUAAGAUAAAGCGCUUUACUGGAAAAGAAUUAUACAGUAAAUUGUUUACGAAAAUACAUUUUUCCCUAGAGGUGCUUAUGGAAUAGUUAAAAAGUGUAUGCACAAAGAAAAAAGAAAUGUUUACGCAGCAAAAAUCAUCAAGACUUCCAGCCACACUAUUAGGAAGACUGUAAUGCGGGAGAUUGAAGUCAUGAGGACGCUGGGACCACACAACAAACUUGUGGAACUACUGGAUGCGUAUCAGACACCUUUUGAAAUUGUAAUGGUUUUGGAAUUGUAAGUGUGCUUUAUUUUAUUACAGUAUGUCUUGCCUUGCGUUUGUUUAUAAAUAAGUUGGGAGUGAGAGCGUUGCUCAAAUCUGAACAGGGCAAAUGGUGAGAAAAAUUCAGGACUUCGAAUUCAAUACAGUUCAUCCCCGAAUUGCGUUUACCAUUUGUGGAUGCCAUUUACGAAAGACGGCCGCGAAUGCCUGAAGCUGAUACCAAAAAUGGCUUUGAACUGGCCUUUUCAGAUGUAUCCUCGCCCCCGAAAAUUCAUGUUCCAUUUCUGUUAUGUGUUCUGUGGUAAGAGCUCAUUGUGCAGCUUUAAGAAAGUUUAGUAUCCUUCCGUUCAGUUCAGUUUCCGGCAUUCUCAAUCAUUGGAGAACCCAUAGGUUAACGUCUACGGCAAACGUGAGAUUCAGAUUGACAAUUGCUCGAAUUAGGAAAUGACGAGAUGAAAACGGGCCAAAAUAUUCCUUAUGAAUCAACAACAAUUUUGUGUAGGUAUAAAGACAAGCAAACAAAAAGUAAAAGAAAAAGUUGGUCAAGUGGCAGAAACAGAGAGGUUGCCUUAAACGUGAUUUCAUAGUCAGUAGAGGAGAUUGGUUAUGAAAAGAAGAGAACAUUAAAGAAAAAAAGCGGUGCUGAAGGUUUUGUUAGAAGAAACAAAAGUUUUUAUUUGAAGCUCUCUGACAGGCGCAAUCCUUUGUAUUUUGCUGAAAAAUUGGGAGCACAUGUUUUACCUUUCUGGGAGACUGCCCACCUACCCCUUCCCUAAGCCGACAUUACCACUUACUUCUCACUUAGGGCAAAAUGUCGGCUCAGGGGAGGGGUAGGUGGGCAGUUUCCUAGAAAGGUAAAAUGAUCCAAAAAUUGUGACGGAAUGAAUACAUGCGGCGUUUUUAUUGGGCAAUAAGAUCUAAACGAUAGGAGUGCCAUUGAACGUUGUGCACCACCAAAUUCCAAGAAAACAUAAAACCACCAAAGGAGUCUAACGGGCUUCAUAACCCUGGUGAUUCUAAAUCUCUCUGUUGUUUCCGUACAGUGUCCCAGGUGGUGAAUUAUUUGAACGAAUUGUUGCCGAAGAAUACUUGAUGGAAGACGAUGCCGUAGAUUACGUCAGACAAAUCCUUGAAGCUUUACGAUUCAUGCACGAGAGGAAUGUAGUUCAUUUGGAUCUUAAGGUGGGUGGAACAGAUUUUCUGUCCCACUGAGCAACUGUGGUUUCCUUUUCGCUGACGAUGAACUUACUCUCGCUUUUGUUCCUGCUAUAUCUCGAAUCUUAGGCUCCAUCCACACGUAUCCGGACAUUUCUGGAAACUGAGAUUUUUUGUCCGUUUCAGCCUUCCGUUCAAACAAAAACGCCGUUUUCGGGCACCGAAAAUGCAGGUUUUUUAAAUACGGCGCCCAGAGUGGAGGUUUUUUGAAAACGCCAGCUUCUCGUUUACGUGAGCCUGACGGGCUAAAACGGGGGUUUUUAAAUUCGAUGAGGUCAUACACACAUACCAGUAGCAUGUGCAUGCUCUGUAAGGGAUGCUAUCGUAUUUCCAUCGUUCUAGCGUUUUCAUAUUGACGGGCGAAAACGGUUCAAAUACGCCACGUGUGGACACACGACGGUUUUUCAAACAAUAUCUGGAUACACGUAGACACCCUAGCCCUGACGGGUUAGCAUUAGAAAAUUGCUUUUAGAGUCAAAGUACUGGGCUGCGGUUUGGCUGAUGAGUACUGGAGUCAAACCGCUGCUGAAAAACGCACCUUUGCUUUUGCAUAAAAAAGUAGAACGCCAUGCCGCCAUUUGGCAUCCAUUCAAAGUCAUUAUUACUUUGUCGUACAAGUGGAAAAUUGAAUUCACUGUCUUGUUUCUUUGUCAGCCAGAAAACAUUUUAUGCGUAAGUAUGGACUCCAAGGACAUAAAGCUUGUGGACUUUGGACUCGCCAGGAAUCUUACUACUGAGGACGACAUUAAAUCUUCUUUUGGCACCCCAGAUUUUGUAGGUAAGAAGGUAUUUAGAAUAUAGGUAUUACCUCACUGAUAACUAUCUAACUGUUGUAAAUAACUACAUAAAAUUAAUGUAGAACCCGAUAACUCGAACUCGGAUAACUCGAACUCCCGCUAACUCGAACUAAGAUCAAUUUCCCUUGGAUUUCACCCCAUUUUCCACUGAGAAAUUUUUACUCGGUUAACUCGAAUUAGGAUAACUCGAAUUUCCCUCUAACUCGAAAGAAAUUUGUUUUCACUGAAAUUACCCCGAUUAUACUACUACAUGAGAAAUUUUUGCAAUUUGAUUGGCUUAGAGCAGUGGUAUUUCAGUUUAAUUUGAAAUACCUACAUGUGAAAAUUACAAAACCUUUGCGGGUAGUACUAUAAACAACUAAAACCAUGAUUUGUACGUGAUAUUUGGCAUAAAUACCACUCGUGAUAUUUCAAAAUUGUCUCAAAUUUCACUCGCCUAACGGCUCGUGAAAUUACGUACAACAAUUUCGAAACCUCACUCGUGGUAUUUAUGCCAAAUAUCACUACAAAUCAUGCUAUUACCUAUACUAACUCUGGCUCUGGUAACUCCACUCGGAUGCCAUAUCCCAUUAGCUCUUCUUGGUGUAUAAGGGUAAAAGCAAGAAAACUAGACCUUGUCAUAGUGGUCAACACUACUGACAGCAAUUUGAUUUUAAUUGGACAGUUGCAACGAACAGGUCACUUUUUAUGAUAAAAAAUGCCUACUCAUGUUACCGUUUCUGACGAAAUAAGUUCAAUUUGCACCGCACUAUUCAUUGAAGCGCUGAACUAUCAGUAACCAUCAAUUUUUUACAUGGCAAAUUGAACUUUGUAUCGACCCCGAUAACUCGAACUCUCGCUAACUCAAACUAUUAGCUAACUAUUUUUCGUUUCCCUAACUGAAGAGUUCGAGUUACCGGGGUUCUAUUGUACAAUACAAUACAAUACAAUACAAUAUAAUACAAUAUUCUGUAUUUAACGAAGGUGACGUAAUAACCCAAUGAGUUAUCUAACUUACGGCCUUCACAACAAUACAAUACACAUAUAAAAAUAAUGCCUAAUCAGUAAUAUACGACUACAACAAGCAAAAAGCACAAGCUCUGGUGCGCAGACCAGUUGAGCGAACGGAAGACAAGAAAUUGAAUUUACUUUGAAGAAAAAGAGGAGCAUCAGGAUUAUUAAGAAUAGUGAAUAAAAGUACAAUUUUUUUAGUUUUAUAAGGUCGAAAAUAGGCAGCCGUUUGAGUUUGGGAAAUAAGCUUACGGAUGGUUGAGAGUAGUCGGCAUCAAGGAGCAAUCUAGCUACACGUUUUUGAAGGAGAAGAAGACGAGACAAUAAAUAAUUGGAACAAUUACCCCAUGCACUCGAACAAUAGAUAAAGAGGUUAUGAAUACAAGAGUUGAAGAAACGUAGAGCACAGUGAUGAUUGAGAAACGGUUUGAUCCUUCUUAAGAGAGACAGUCUACUGUUUACAAUUGAACAUAUAUUUUCAAUGUGUUUAAAUUGUAAAUUGCACUAAUAGACUCUGAUCCGUAUACUUCCUUUUGUGCACUAUGAAUGUACUUAUCACUCUCUAGAUUAUCCGUUGCAGCACCCAUCUUUAGGUAACUAGUUAACUGAAAACCAAAAGCGCUAACCGAUUGUGCUAGAGACGAUCAAGGAAUAAUAUAUCCACGAGCGCUCCAUCGAGACAAUGAAGACCGUGCUAGCAUUUUAAGUAAUCCCUUUUUUUAUCACUCCUUCACUCAAAGUAAACUCAAAGCAAAAUAAUUCGUUUGCAAUCUCCUUUUUUUGUUAAUUGCGAUAAACCAUUUGUAGUUUUCUGUAAGUUUCUCAACUUUGUGCUUGUAAAUUUAUCUCAUCUUUCUUUAGCUCCUGAAGUUAUUAGAAUGAAACCUGUGUCAACUGCGAGUGACUUAUGGUAAAGCAGUUUCUGUGUUUCCGUUAUCUUUGGAGCUAUUAAUUUCCAGUUUUUUUUUGUGUUAAUCAGUUAUCCACGUGGCUCUUAAAUGAUACUUUCUUUUUUUCCCUUUCUUUUUCCAGGAGCCUAGGCGUCGUCACAUAUGUCUUGUAAGUAGUAUAAUCGAAUUGCUGGUUCAAAUAAAAUAUAUUUUAAAUGUUUUGAUAACUAGAGGUGUGUUAGGAAUGUUGUAUAGUUUCUUAACGUGCCCGUCUUUCUUUGUAGUCAUGGGAUUGCACACCAUGGGGUUCGGUGUACAAUGCUGCUGUUAACUCCUGUUCGUAUUAAUAGUGGAUUUAAAUUGUGUAUGUCUCAUUGAGUUCAAGCCUACGUUUAUCAAACAACGAUCUAAAACCUUUGGUGCACACUGAUUUUAAUUGCAUGUAUCCAUUGAUUCGUAAAACAGCAAAAGACUGAAUUCCCCAUCUUCAUUUCGGGAGAAUAUUGUUGGGCGAAUUUCCAUGUUAGAAUUGACUGGGAAAUGUGUUGGUUUUUAUUUCCUGCAGAUUAAGCGGCCUGAUGCCAUUCUCUGGAGACGAUGACCAUCAGACGCUUGUCAAAGUAGCUAAAGCUGACUGGGAUUUUGAUGAUGAGUGUUUUGAUGAUUUAUCUCACGAUGCAAUGGAAUUUAUUGAAGGACUUCUUGUAAAGGAUCCAAGGCAUGUUUUAAUAAAAAUGACCUGUCCAAAUUCGGGUAUUUUCACUUAUAACUUUAGCACCUUGACCAAACAUGUUCAAUGUGUUUUACCUUUACAACUAGCAAUAGGCAAUCGAAAAGAUUCCUAGCAUUGGUUUUGCUUUCUUUUUUCAAAAGUUUUCUUUCUGGAGCUAUUUGUUUCUUGAUGAUGCAUAUUGGAACCUACUGACUACGGUAGAUAGGUAAUUUAGCGUAAAGAGCCUCAACUAUGUGUUUCACCUAAUUCUGCUUAUAUGGAGUUAGUCAGGCGUAACCUAUUCGUCCGAUUCCCUCGAGCUUUGGACAAUCAGAAUGCGGCAUGAGUGAAGUAGCUUUCGGAAAUAUUGAAGUAUUAUCCACUGUUUCCUUUUCAGCAAGCGGUUAACAAUAGAGGAGUGCUUUAAGCAUCCGUGGAUAAAGGUGUGUAAAAAUCUAUUACACCCCUCUUCAGUGGAUCCCUAUUUUUAUGUGUUCAUUUAUCUAUUUACUUUACUUUACGAUAGGUUUAGUUUUUCAAGUUCAGCUGCCAUUGUAGGAUUUCUUUCUUCUUUCUCUUUUUUACCAGCAAAACCAUGAAACAGGAACGAAAAUCAACACACAAAAGCAUAAGGCGUUCAUGGCGAAGAGAAGGUGGAAGGUAAGCAGACACUGCAGUCAACUGAUCCUUUAGCUUGCGGACCUUGCGAAUAUACAGCCAUCUCUCACCAGGAACGUUUCGUGGGAGGACGUCGAUCUGCGCCUUCACGACAGAAAUUCAAAAGUGAUAAUGUAAAGCAAUGUUGACAUAAGUUUAACAUCUUGUAGUCAUGCGGUUCCACUUAGACUUUAAGUUUCUCCUAGUCUAUUACCGGUAUCUCAAAGGUUUGAGUUCUUCAGCAAACGAGCGGCAGCAAAUUAAGCUCAAACACGUCGUCUAAAGAAGAAUACAUUCCACGAAUAAUGACUUUAUUGUAGUAAAUUCAUCGCUUUUACAUUUAACCUUUGUAACCUUUUGUCUUUUGUCUGUCGUCUGUAAACAACAGUUUAACAGAUUUUACGUCAUCAAUUAUCGAAUUUUUGUCCUUAAAGCGCGGACUUUCCUCUCUUGAAAAGGCGAAAGUGGCCAAGAACCUGCACGCAGGCUGUUGAUCGUCUUUUUCAUGACAUCUUUGAAGGUCAUCAUUGAAGUUAAAAUAAAAUACAGAGUAGCGUUAGUUAUAGCUUCAUUACCCCAUGAAUUAACCUGAUGUGGCAGUAACUCGCGAUAUUUUUGGUUUUAAUCAUCUUGUAUUGUGCACUCUAACAUUAACCCUUAACGUUGUGAUUUCAUUUUCAGAAAUCUGUACAUGCUCUUUUGGCUGUUCGCCGCAUGUCUCUGUCGCCUAUUUCUGCCUCUAAGAGAAGACGUUCAAUGGAUCCAUCUAUAUUAAAAACAACCUCAGAAAGCGAGGAAGAUCAAACUGUGGACAGAAAGGUGUCAGCUCCACUUGAUCCUUCGACAUUACAUAUCUCGGAGCGUCGACGUGGAGAUACUCGCAACUCUUGUUUUGAUCUGAACAUGGCAACUAUUCAAGCUUUGCAAGCAAAGGCAGACAAGGCGAUGGGAAAGGACUUGUCACAAAAGGAGGAAAAUGAGCACGAAAAUGAAAGUGAUUCAGAGGAUGAAUAUCAUAAUGAAUACUCGGAUAGAGAUGAUAACUGUACAGAUAAUGCCAAUGAAAAUGACAUUUCCACAUCUGAGUGCAAUUCAUCAAAACAAGUGUUUUCAAAUAACCAGAGACCGAGGGCAAACACGGUUUGCGGAGCCAGUCCAUCUUCUGAGUCUUCUUCUCAGCGUGCGGUGAGAAAAACAUCGCAGAUAUUAAUCAAUGUUGGAAAUACUUCAACAAAUGAUUUCAAACCAGUAUCGUUUACUUUCAACACAGAGGAACUGCAGCGAAAUAUGCGACAAACUACACCCGCAAGAAGUGAGAAUCAAUUGAAUUUAAAUAAUAACCACGAAUUUUCCAGUGAGUUUUCACUGAAACAAGAACAUAAUCACAUUACUGAGCAGCAGAGAUUAACUUCACAGAUGGAUGAAUCCUUCUUGGAAAAUGGCCACCCCGAGGAAAACAAGCUUCCUAAAAUUUGCGUGAAUGACGAACUUAUUUCCACAAGUCCUUCUCCUGUUUCGGUAAAAUUAAACAACAUUGAGAAACUUGACAGUGAGGAGUUGAUUGGGAGAACAACCUCGCCACAGGCUUCAUCAAGUUUAAACAUUGCUGAUGUCAGUAAGAUAACCGAGAGUGUCCAGUCCAUCACGGUAAAACUGGAUAACUUAAAUGGUGUACAAUUCACACCUGGUAACGUGACAUUUAGCGUGCGUCGGUCUUCCACUGGUUCAGCACCGUGUUAA